AUGGGGUUCUUUGCUGCAGCCGGAGAGCGUCCUCACAACGUGAAACUGGGCAGCGAAGUGAGAGGAUCUACCUGUCUUUCCUCAUCGUGUAUUUCUGACAUCUUUGUUCCAGGUCUUUGCCCUUCUUCGGGCGACUCGGACUGUUUUUCGCCUCUGCUGGCCUCUCCGGCUUCGACGGCUGCCGCCUCCCUGUGUCUUUCUCCUGGGAAGAACGAAAGAGUUCUUGGCAAAGGCAACACCGCACACAACGAGAAAGGCGAGAGAGAACACUGCGCAGAAGAGACGCCUGCUCGGCACACCCUCCACGAAAUCCCAAUUCUGACACCCACCAGACAUCAGGACUCCUCGUGUCUCCUCUUUAUCGACGCACCGUCUCCUUCGAGGGUGUCUCUCCUCCGAGCCCCCACUGGUUCAGAGCAGUCUGUUCUGUACCCAAACGAACCCCCAUAUAGGCCAUCCACUGUUCGGUCGCUUUCUUUCUGCGAGUGUGUCUCCCCUUUGACUUUGCCGCCUUCUUCCCCUUCGUCUCACUGCGACGCCGAGGAGAAACUUCUAGCUCAGAAGGGCCAAGUGUCUCCUUCUGGGGACUCCACAGGUGCAUGCAGUCCGGCUUCGCUCAGCAGUGCUUCGCGCCCCGUCUCUCCCGGUUCUGCGUCUCCGCGUUUUCCGCAAACUCGCCUCCGGAUCGAGAAGAAAAGCGAAGAGCUAGGCCUCGAGAAACAACGUCCUUCUCCGUCAAAUUCUUCCCCUGAACAUGGAGGAGAGAACAAGACGAACAGUUGCCGCCCGAAUGGGAGGAACUCGUGUCAGCCCCAGAACUCCAGAGAGGCAGAAGUUCUGGAAUGCGGCGAAGAGUGGCGAAAGAACUUUUUCGAGUCCAGGAAUCGAAGCGAGUCCAGAGAGUACCUUUCAGACUCCUUGUUAUCUCCGCAGCCUUCCUCUCCUUUUGCCGCUUCCGAAACAACCUGUGCAGGUCCACGCGACUCGGGCAGCGUUUCGUCUUUGCUUCAUUCUGCUUCGAUCUCACAAACAGUGAAAACCUGUCCCGAGGCGGUUACAUCGGCAGCGAGUUCCCUUUCUUCGGCGUCAACCCAGCCGCCAACGCGAGGCUCUCGUUCUCCUCCUUCCUUUUCUCGGCCCUCUUUGUAUCCUCAGUCCUCCUCUCGCGCGUCGUUCGGAUCUGCUCCGUCACCGCUCUGUCUUCCACAUCCCACCAAGGGUGAUCCUGGCACGCCUCGACGCGAGAGAGAAGAGAAACGGCGAAAUCUCCUCCAGGAUCCACUGCCUGGGAUGUCACCUCCCUCCUUUCCUCGCAUCGUCUUUGGCCACCUACGAGCAGCUCAAGGUAGCCACGAAGGAAAGCUCGGUCUUUCUUCUGCUGCUUUCCCUGAGUCAUGCCCUUCAACAGUGUCGGCCCCCUUUAACUCUUUCGCGCCCUCGAGAUCUGCCCAGUCUUCCUCUCUCCCGGUCUCUUCCACGGUCUCUGCGGGAGGUCGAAGCCCCCCGAAGGCCAAGCCGGAUGCGCGACAGGGACAGGAGACUCAAAAACCUGGUGGAACUUCCCAACAUCGACCAGCCCAAGAAGGCCGACAAGAUUCAGGGAAAGAACAAGACUCUCGAGACUCGCAACCACUGUGCCCGAGAGAACUGCACUCACCUCCCCUUCCACCUCCCAAUCAUUCCCCAUCCUCGUCGCAAUCCUCCUCGGGUGCCGCGGUUCCUUCUUCGCGAGUGUCACUUCAUUACUCUCCUCUCCCAGUUCCAUCGUAUUCCCUUUCAGUUCCUUCCUCUUCUCUUUCGAUUCCAUCGUCUUCUCUCUCUACACAUUGGACACAAGAGAGUCGCCGCCUGAUCACGGAGCUGAGUCACCGGCAGGUGCACUCUCAGAGUUCGUCUCUCUCGGCGUUGCUGAGCUCGGCACCUGCGUUGUCUUUGUUUUUUUCGACGCCGCCGGAAGCCCCCUCUCUCUCCUCCACUCCCGCCUCCUCCUUUCCCUCACUCAAUGUUCCCUGUCACUUGCCGCCUCUGUCUCCAGAGCGAACAACAUGCCUCAAUGGAGAAGCCAGCGACUUCAGGUCUUCUGCAAAAGCUUUCGCUCCCUCUGCUCUGCAUGCAGAGGCUUUCAGGAUGCUUUCACCCCCCCCGCAGACCGGGCAGCUGCGCAGGUACCCAGAAACUUUGUCUGUGUGUUCGUUGUCUUCUCUCACUUCGUCUCUCUCUGCUGCAAGUUCCUCAGCCUUUUCUGCUUCCGCGGUCGCUGCAUCUGUCGCUUCCCCCUCUUCGUCGUCUAGAAACUCCGCCCAGCUGGCCGUUCGCGGUGCACACAUCGCUGCGCCUUCUUCUUCUUCAACUCAGCACGACGCCGACUGCCCGCAGUUAACAGACUUGGGGAGGUCUGAGGCGAAGGCUGAAAACGAGAAGGAAAAGGCUGGCUUCGCCGCCAGAAGCGAUCUCGCCGAGAGAGCAGGAGCUAUGAGAAGGGCCGAGACAAUCCAGACGAAUGAAACGCAGUGGCUUUCGGAGAUCUCCAGCUUUUCAGGAAAAAUGCUUGCGUCGUCGGCACAAGAGCCGCGAGAAGAAGCAAGCAUGAGAGAAAGGCAAGAGCGGAUCGUCAAAGACCGUGACAGAAUCGAGGAACAAGGUCGUAACAAAGGCGACGCUGCCAGUUCCCUGUGCACCUCGAUCCGUGGGUUCGACGAAUCCUGUAAGGUGGAGACCGAAGAAAAAAAAAGCCUCUCUCGAGCCGCAUCGGUCUCUAGCCAGAACGGCUAUCCCCAUAUCCACCAGCCUCCAUCACUCCCUUGUGUUUCCUCGUUUUCUGCAUCCUUUUCUUCACUUCCUUUGUCUCCUCCAUUUGUGUCUCUCCGUCACGAGGGAGAAGCGGACCGACGUGUACAGGGGUCGAGCGAAGAGCAACGGAGCUACUCGAAAGAAGGCGCGAGGAAGCGGGAGAGACCUCUGGAGGGAGAAGGAAAACGCAUCCUGCUCUCGCGUCCGGAGCACGGCGUUCCCCCGGCGCUUCCCUGUGCAGAGGAAACUGGAGAAAGUUGCUGCUUCUCCGGUUGCGGUGGUCGCGGUUUGUGUCUUCCCUCUUCUGCAGAUGAAGCGAGGGAGACAGAGACGCGAUGGCGGUGCCGGGAGGCGAGAACGCGAGCAGGCAAUACGCUCGUUGGAGAACAGCGGGAGAGACAAGCGACCUGUGAGCCUGAGCAGGAGCGCGGAGAGUGGCGAGAGGAACAGUGUAGAAGGGAUGCAAGGCAGGACAGGAGAGAACAGAAGAACGCGUGCCAGCGGAGAGUACUUGAGGAGAGCCAUGACGGCGACAAGGGGAUAGGAGAGAGGGAAGGAGAGACACACAGUGAAGAUGAGACUGCGGAAGGAAAUCACAGAGACACAGAGGAUGCAGAGGAACAUGGACGGGGAAUGUUGUUGAGGAAGAGCGGAGACAACUGCGAGCGCGUGGUUGGAGAGACGGACCAGAGAUCCGAGUUUCAUGUCUGUAGAGAGGAAGACGAAAGACGAAAGAACAAUUAUAAACGGAGGAAAGUGACGUCAGACGAGAGCGACGGCGCGAUCCUGGAGGAAAAGACGGCUCUCCAGAAUUACCAGCCGCUUCUUCUCUUUCUCCUUCAACAGGCUCAGAGAGAGUUGAAUCUGCAACAAGAAAAAGUCAACCUCCAGUCUGUUUCCGGUGUCUCCAACCACCGAAGUGAAGAUGAACGAACAAGAAGGUCUGAUGACAGGACCGCCUCCGGCUUGUCCAUUCCUUUCUCCCUCACACUUGUUCCUUCGUCUCUGCCUUCUUCUCUGCCUUCUUCUCUGCCUUCUCUUUCGUCUUCUCUCUCUGCUUCGCGUGGUGUCUCUGUUCCUUCUUCUCUCACCUCCUCUCUGGCGUCCUCGUUUUCUUCGUCUCUCAAGGCAUCUCGGGGUCCGCCCCUUCUUCCCGUUCUCCCUGCCUCCUCUCUUCUAUCUUCUUCGUUUCUUCCUUCCUCACUUUUCACUUCUUCGCUUUUGCCGUCAGUCGGAACGGUGCCUGCGAGCGCAACUUCCUUUGGCAAAAAAGAGGAACUGCAGAGACAUGCAGAAACGCCGUCGCGCCUCUUUCAUUUCUCUGAAAUACGAGCCCCCUCGAUUCCCUCUGCUCCCCCUUCGUCCGGUGUUUCGCAUUCCUUUUUGACGGCGCUCCCUUCGCCUCCGAUCUCUUCCUCAUCUUCAUUCUCUUCUGAUUCCUCGCCUCCUCUCCAGGCGCCUCCGUUAUUCUCGCGCCUCACCAGCUUUUCCUCUCUUCCCUCUUCUAUACCUUUUCUUUCGCCUUUCACCUCUCCCUACUCCGGUGUCUCGCAAAAACCUCAGUCUCCCCAGCCUUACUCCUACCAUACUUCUGCCUCCCCUGCCGUGCAUGCAUCGUCCCUGAUUUCCCCCCAUGCGAUCACGCCUUCGCCUUCUUCACUUUCUUCUUCUCUUGCUUCUUCUUUUCCUUUUUCUGUUGCCUCUUCUCUUUCUUCUUCUCUUCCUUCUUCGUUUUCUUCUCCUCUGCCUUCUCCUCUUCCUUCUCUCGCUUCAGGUUUCCAGUACUCUGCCGGCUUUCCUUUUGAUUCGUCCUCCUCCGCUCUUUCUUCUCGUUCGUCUCCAUUCUCGUCUUUGCUCUCUCCCGAUGUGUACUUUCAAUUACUGCUUGAAAGUGAAUCCGGCAAAUGUUCGAUGCAUGCAGGGUCUCAUGUUCGAGAGUCCCGAAGAAGAGAGGAAAUGCAGAAUCUUAGAAAGGUUGAGAUGCCUCAGAACAACAUCGUGGGUAGCAGCUGUGGUCUGUCCUCCAGCCGUUCGCUCCUUGCUUCUUGCUCCUCUACUUCCGUUCUCUCUCCAGGCUACUCCGGUGUUUCUCAAAAUCCUUCUUACAGUCGUUCUUCUUCUCUCGCGGUUUCCGGAGUUCCUGCCUCGCCCCAAGGCCCAGCCUUUCCUCCUACAGCUUGUUCGUCAUCCUUGUCUUCAUCUUCUUCCCUCUCCGCAGAAGGCUUUUCCUCCCUCCUCUCAGAUUCUUCGUCGGGCGCCUGUUCUCUGUAUUCACCGUCACCUGCUUCUUGUUCCUCUUCUUCUAGCUCUACUGCUUUCUCUCUUUCUUCUUCUUCCUUUUCUUCCUUUUCUUCCUUUUCUUCUUUCUCGUCUUCCUCCGUUUGUGCCUCCAGUGCCUCCUCUCAGCCUGAUUCGUCGACCUCUGCAUCCUCUUCCCGUGUCUAUUCUUCGACUCUCUCGCCGCCGUUUUCAUCCGCGCUCCCACAGUUAUCUCGCUCUGUUUUGCUCUCUUCUUGUGCGUUCCUUUCUCCACGAGAAUCUGGACUGGAGACCAGCGUGGAUAUUCGACCUCUCGCUGCCCCAGCAGAGACCCUACUGCAUGCGAAGAAGAGAAAAAGGAGAAGAGAAAACUCUGCAAAUGCGUUCCGAGCUUCCAGCGCGCGGAGUGAGGACGCAGCGAAGAGAGAGAAGCACGGAGGUGCCGAGACACCCGCGGAGACAGGAGUGUCUUCGGCGUUCUCCCCAACCGCUGUCUCUCCUCCUCAUCGCCGGACGCUUGCAGACUCGCCGGCGUUCGAAGACGAUUCCAGUCGUCCACCGGCGAAGGUUUCUUCUCCCGCUUCUCGCUCUUGUUCUUCGUCUUCUGUCCUUCCCUCAUCCCUGUCUCCAUCUGCGUCUCUGGGUCGGAGUACAAACGGUUCCUCCGGCUGUUUGAGUUCUGGAAAUCUGCCCUCAGUCGCAAGCGGCAUGCCUCCCGUGGGCUUCCCCCCUGCUCCUCCUCUGUUUCCUGUCUCUUCCUCUCACCCUUCUCUGUCUUCUUCUCAGCUCUCUGAUGCUUCCCUUCUGUCUUUCCAGAGAAAGCUUUCCAAUCAGUGUGAACCGGCCGCUCCUCACGCUUCUCACCCAGCGUCUCUUCCUCCGUGCUCUGCCCAUACGACCUCGUUGCCUUCCAGUUUCUCUCCCUCAGUUUCCACAUCUGUCUUCUCACACCUGCGUUCUUCUGCCUCGGCGUCUGCGUCGUCGCUUGGAAUUCUCCCGCAACCGCACGGUUUCUCCGCGUCUUCACAGACAGAGGCGUCCUCUCUUUCCCUCUCUGUCGAACCACAGAUCAAGUUCUCGUCUUCUCACGAUGUCGCCAGCCUCCCCUCUCGCGCACCGUGCCUCAGUUCUUCGUCAGUGGAAGCUUCUUCUUCCUCCUCCUCUCUCGCCUCUUCGCCUGUCUCUUCGAGAACGUCGCGCUCUUCUGUUCGACUUCACACAGUCGCGCAGGAGUCCGUGGCUUCUUCUUUGUCUGGGGCGCCGCGAGAGUGGGGUGACGCAGUGGAGAAGCCGAACGACGGCCGAGCCCAAGAGGCGAUUUCUCUCUCCUUGUCUGGGGAGUUCGUCGAGGACGUCUCCACGGCUUCGUCGAUGUACUACCUUUCUUCUCUUGCGCCUUCCUCUCUGCAGAAAAAGCCAGCCGUUUCCUCACCGCCUCCUGCUUCCCCGUCUCGCACUGCUGGCGGAAGAGCGACACAGUCUGUCGCUUCUGUUCCCUCUCUCUCGGCUGCUCGCUGGGCUGCUGCAACCUACGCUGUCGGUCCGCUGCCGUCAUCUCUCUCUCCUUAUCGACAGGUUCCUUCUCCUCUCGGCAUUGCCAGUGCAGAGUUCGCUGUCGGAAAAGGCCAGUCUGAGGAAGCGAAGCCACUGCGAGAGAGGGAUGACGGAGACAGGAACGCGCGCGACGGCUCGGAGUCCCCUGGGGGCGAAGAACAGGGCGGGGAAGGAACAACGGCAGGAACCGAACAAGAGAGGAAACUCAAAGAGCUCAAAGAGAGACACCCAGGAGAUGAGAGACACACAGAAACAUGCAAGUGGAUAAGAAGACGCACGAGAGACAGAGAGAGGAAACGAAACCUCGCCAAGAAGAGCGCAGAGCCUCACCUCGAGAAACUGAAAAAGCAGUAA